AUGGCCAUCACGCUGGCCAAGGACCGGUCCUCGACGACGCUGUCGCUCCCGUUCGGCUCGGCAACCAUCCUGGCCGAUGCGUUGCCGCCCGUGCUCGACCCGGCACUCCUGUCUGGUCCCGCGACAGACAAGCUGUGCGCCGCCCGUGUGCGGCUGCUCAACAGCCUGCCGCAGGUCAGCAUUGCUUGGUCCCUGUGGUGCGUCAAGUGCGGCACGCUUCGUGAUGGCUAUCGCCCGCCGCGCGGGAACAAGCGCAAGGCUGCGCCGGUCGACGCCGCCGACGAGCUCGAGGCUGAGCUCCAUGCGGCCCUCGCACAGAUGGACGCGGACGACCGCCGCCGCCGCAGCGCUCAGUGCUCGACGUGCGGAAACCAGUUCCGCCGGCCCAAGCCGACCCCGUCCUUCUACGCCUCGGCGCGUAGCGUUGCACGCACCCGCCGAGCGUCCCGGCUCGCGGCAGAGGUCAAGCCCGACGAGCCCCCAACGCCCAAGGAGCCGACGAAAACGGAACAGGCGCUCGCCGUUCCAGAGGGCCAGCGGGGCAAGGCGGCGCUGACGCGCACACCAUCCCUCGCCCACAUCCCCACCUCCGACCCGGGCUUCCCGACAUAUCCGCCGCCGAGCGCCAGCUCCGGAUCUAGCCCCGCGCCCUCGUCGCCGCCGCCAGCAAAGAAGCGCAAGACGAAGAAGUCGGGCCUCGCCAAGCUUCUCGCCCAGAACAAGGCCCGCGAGGCCGAGAAGCCUUCUGGCAACUGGGGCCUGGGCUAA